UCUCAGGUCUCUGGUAGCACAACGUAGAAACCCUCUCUUGACCAUAUUCUCUAGACCCUUCCUAGGUUUUCUGACUCGGUCGCCGUCGCAAAUCUCUUCCGUCGCCGCCAUCAGCCAUGCCUCGCCGCAGCUCCGGAGGACGUCCUGCCCCCCGUGCACGCCCUGCAGCACGCAGCCCUCCUCCUCGGCCAGUUAACCACGCUCCUCCUCCAGCUCCAGCACAACAGGGUGGAGGUGGUGGAUCUUUGCUAGGAGGGAUUGGAUCCACUAUUGCUCAGGGAAUGGCCUUUGGCACCGGAAGUGCAGUGGCACACAGGGCUGUAGAUGCUAUUGUUGGCCCUCGAACCAUUCAGCAUGAAACUGUGGUGUCUGAGGCUGCUGCAGCCCCAGCACCUGCCACAAACAGUAUGGGUGGUGCUGAUGCGUGUGGCAUUCACACUAAGGCGUUCCAAGAUUGCUUGAAUGGCUACGGGAACGACCUUAGCAAGUGUCAAUUCUAUAUGGACAUGCUGUCCGAGUGCAGGAAGAAUUCUGGUGGCAUGUUGAGUGCCUAAAGCACUGCUUUGCUGUAUAUCAGCUAUCAUCUCUGCAAAUGUCAUUCUAAUUUAUUGUAGUCACGAUGGUGAGCUGGUAGUCCGUUUAUGGUGAAGCUCUGUUUAAUAACCCAUAUUGGGAGGUACUGAAAAUGACGAUUUAAGUACUCUUUUAUUAUUGUUGUGGGAGCUUGGAUACGAGUUCUUUGCUAUCCCGGUCUCCCUAUACUCUUGAUAGUACUUGCUCUCUAAAUAUUGAUCAUGCGUUUCUGAUUUGAAGCUACUCUUAAAUAAAUCUUUAUCACAGCUUUUUGCCAA